CACACGGCGUGCGUCCCUAGGCUCCACCCCCCCCCCCCCCCCCCCCCCCACUCCAUCUCCAUCUCCAUCUAGUCUUCUUCCCCGAAAGGGAGAAAGCACUUGCCUCCGAUCCAGCACCACCAGUAUGCAAGCCAUCAAGAAGACGAUCGUUCUGUACCCCGGUCUCUUCGUCAGCCACUUCGUCCCGAUGAUGCAACUCGCUGACGUCCUCCUGGAGGAGGGCUACGCUGUUGCGGUCGCGCUCAUCGACCUCACCAUGGACCAGGACGUCACUUUGGCAGCCGCCGUCGACCGCGUCGCCUCCGCCAAGCCGUCGGUCACCAUCCACAGGCUCCCUCGGAUCCAGAACCCUCCCGCGAUCACGGACUGCGGUGGCGACGGACUCCUCUGGUACUUCAAGACCGUGAAACGCUACAACGAUCCCCUCCGUGAGUUCCUCUGCUCCCUGCAGCAGCAGCAGCCUGCCCGAAGCGUCGUCCACGCGGUGAUCCUGGACGGGCCCUCCGCCGACGCGCUCGACGUCACCAAGGAGCUCGGGAUCCCGGCCUACACCUUCUACGCCACCAACGCCUCCGCCGUCGCGGUGUUCCUCCAGCUUCCUUGGACCCACGCGGAAGGCCAGCCAAGCUUCAAGGAGCUCGGAGACACCCCUCUCAGCAUCUCCGGCGUCCCACCCAUGCCGGCGUCGUACCUCAUGCCACCGAUGCUCGACGACCCGGCCAGCGAGACGUACAAGACGAUGAUGCGUGUGUCGCGCCGGAACCCGGAGCCCGAAGGCAUCUUGGUGAACACGUUCGCGUCGCUGGAGGGCCGGGUGCUGAGAGCUCUCAGGGACCCACUGUUCCUCCCCAUCGGCGACGACGGGUGCAGGAGGAUGCCUCCGGUGUACUGUGUUGGGCCGUUGGUUGUGGGAGCCGGUGACGGCGACGGCGUCGGCGUCGGCGAGGCGAAAGAAAAGCACGAGUGCCUCGCGUGGCUCGACGAGCAACCGGAGCGCAGCGUCGUGUUCCUCUGCUUCGGAAGCUUAGGCGCCGCCGCCCACUCGGAGGAGCAGCUCAAGGAGAUUGCCGUCGGCCUGGAGAGGUCCGGGCACCGGUUCCUGUGGGUGGUGCGGGCUCCUCUCCCCACCGAGGGCGUGGACCCAGGGAGGCUGUUCGACCCGCGCGCCGACUUCGACCUCUGUGCGCUCCUGCCGGCCGGGUUCUUGGAGAGGACCAGAGCUCGCGGCCUCGUUGUCAAGCUAUGGGCGCCGCAGGUGAACGUGCUCAACCACAGGGCCACAGGUGCCUUCGUGACGCACUGCGGGUGGAACUCGGUGAUGGAGGCGGUCACGGCCGGAGUGCCUAUGCUUUGCUGGCCUAUGUACGCGGAGCAGAAGAUGAACUCGGUGGUCAUGGUGGAGGAGGCCGGGAUCGGUGUGGAUCUGGUUGGAUGGCAGCAGGGACUGGUCAACGCCGAGGAGGUCGAGCGCAAGGUAAAGAUGGUAAUGGAGUUCAAGGAAGGGGAGCAGCUCAGAGCACGUGUGACGGCGCACAGGGAUGCCGCGGCCGUGGCCUGGAAGGAUGGCGGCUCAUCGCGCGCGGCAUUUGGUCUGUUCUUGUCGGACGUGGACAACCAUGUACACAAGGCCAAGACAUGGAGUAGCGCUAAUGGUCGCGAUGGCAAAUUGGGUCAAAGCUGAAAUGACUUGUAAGAUGUGGUAUGUAGAAUAACUUGUUAAGAUCCAUGGAAUGAUCACUGGGAACGAUCGUUGUGUAAGCAGGCGCAGGCCUUAGCUGUAAGCGUGCGAGUGAGUUUUAUGGUCUUUCUAGAUUACGAUACAAUCGUAAUUUGUUAGGAUUUUUUUUAUAAAGUCGUAUGAGCUGGCAGUGGAAAUUGAAAAGGUUUAAACGUU